CUUUCGGACGCAAUGCUUAGCUCCAUAUUAUGUAGGGAUUAGUAAUGGAUGGCUCGAGUGGAAUGGGCGACGUCGAAAAGUGGUUGAUUCAUGAUGAAGAAUACAGAAUGCAGCAGGUGGAAGAGAGCUAUUUGUAGGCUAGUUGGCCUGUGCGGUUGACUGGCUGGCACAUGCGCCAGGCCCCCAAUGAUUUUCAGCCCUGAAUAGUACCUGGAACGGCAUCUGACAGAAUUUGAAUCCGCAUAAACAAAAAGGAAACACAAAGGAAUGAACAAAACUUGACAGACGGGAUCGAAUAUUCUGGAUUACUAAGCUCCUGUGAUGUCCUUGAGAGACCAUCCCAAGGCAUAUGGCACGGCCGCCCUUACGGCGGCAUUUGUUGCCGGUGUGCUGAUGACACUAGGUUUCAAAGACCUGUAUCCAGACCUGGAGAGAAGAUACGAGCAGCGGAGGAGGAGAAGGCCCCGCAGGAGCUCUGCCGCAAACUCGCGCAGAGGCAGCCUCUACUUCACGCCUGUGCAAUUGGAGGACCAUGAAUCAGACUCGGGAGCCAGCCUUGAAAUUGCCCCCGGCAUCGCCAGUGGCAUCGAGGGAUGCAUCGGGAACACACCUCUAGUGAAUAUACGGAGUCUUUCCGAGGCGACCGGCCGCACAAUACUGGCCAAGGCAGAAUUUCUCAACGGCGCCGGCGGUAGCCCCAAGGACAGGGUCGCCCUGAACAUGAUCCAGACGGCCGAGGAGGAAGGUCUUCUAACGCCCUGGCAAGGAGACACGAUAUACGAGGGCACGGUCGGCAGCACGGGCAUAUCUCUCGCCACCCUGGCGCGAGCAAUGGGAUAUAAGGCAUACAUCUGCAUGCCCAACGACCAGAGCAUCGAGAAGUCGAACCUCCUGCACCACCUUGGCGCGACGGUGGAGCGAGUCCCGGUAGCACCCAUCACGUCGCCCGAGCACUUCGUCAACCUGGCGCGGACCCGGGCAAAGGAGCACACGGCUUCGUCGGCGGACUCGAGCAAGGGCUUCUUCGCCAACCAGUUCGAGUCGGCGGCGAACUACCAGGCCCACCUGCGGACGACGGGCCCGGAGAUCCUGUACCAGGCGGGCGGGCGCGUCGACGCCUUCGUGGCGGGCGCCGGGACGGGCGGGACCAUCGUCGGGGUGGCCAAGUACCUGAAGGAGGAGAGGGGCCUGGCCGACACGAGGAUCGUCCUCGCCGACCCGCAGGGCAGCGGGCUCUACAACAAGGUCAGGCACGGCGUCAUGUACUCGUCCACGGAGCGGGAGGGGACCCGGCGGAGGCAGCAGGUCGACACCAUCGUCGAGGGGAUCGGGAUCAACCGGAUCACGGCCAACUUCGAGGCCGGGCGGGAGCUGAUCGACGACGCCGUCAGGGUGACGGACGAGCAGGCCUGCAGGAUGGCGAGGUGGCUGGUGGAGAAGGACGGCAUCUUUGUCGGCAGCAGCAGCGCCGUCAACUGCGUGGCCGCCGUGGUGACGGCGCUCGGCCUGCCCGAGGGCAGCCAGGUGGUGACGGUGUUGUGCGACUCUGGCAACAGGCAUCUGAGCAAGUUCUGGAAGCAGGUUGCCGAGAUGGGUUUGGAGGAGGAGGAGGAGCAGACGCCUGCGGAUUUACUCGCAGCCUUGGGCAUCCAGCAAUCCCAACCGUGAUCGCCUGUACCAUGUAAAACCAACACAUCCACAUUUGCGACGUCACUGCAAGACAGUGGGGAGAGUGAUGGGGUGUACCAAAGGUCUCAUUCCGGGUCCUAUGAUACACGGUCUAGGCCCUACGAUGCUCCUUGUAUGCGAGCCGGCCAACGCAAGUUUAUCAACUUGAGUAAAAAAUAUCAG